CGGGCCGGCGGUGAGCGGGACCUCGGGGGCCCCGCGGGCGGCGAGCAGGCGGCGAGGGCGCUCGGGGACCGGUGCGCACUGCGCCCAUGCUCGGGGGCUUACGUUCUGCGGCGCGGCCUGUCCCGCAGGUCUGGAUGCUCGUGGCAGGCCUUCUGCUGGCGCUAACGCCGGGCCGCGCCGCGGUUAGGGCGGGCAGGCGCCCGGCGCGGCAGCGGGGCUGCGCGGACCGACCCGAGGAGCUCCUGGAGCAGCUGUACGGGAGGCUGGCGGCCGGCGUGCUCAGCGCCUUCCACCACACCUUGCAGCUGGGCCCCCGCGAGCAGGCGCGCAAUGCGAGCUGCCCGGCAGGGGGCAGGCCCGCCGACCGCCGCUUCCGGCCGCCCGCCAACCUGCGCAGCGUCUCGCCCUGGGCCUACAGGAUUUCGUAUGACCCAGCGAGGUUCCCACGGUACCUUCCCGAAGCCUACUGCCUGUGCCGGGGCUGCCUGACCGGGCCCUUUGGCGAUGAGGACUUCCGCUUCCGCAGUACCCCCGUGUACAUGCCCGCUGUGGUCCUGCGCCGCACCUCGGCCUGCGCCGGCGGCCGUUCUGUCUACACUGAGGCCUACAUCACGGUGCCCGUCGGCUGCACUUGCGUUCCUCAGCUGGAGAAGGACACGGCCAGCAUCAACUCCAGCAUCGACAAGCAGGGUGCCAAACUGCUGCUUGGCCCCAGUGAUGAGCCAGGCAGCCCCUGAGGGCCCCACUUCUCCCCGCCUCAUGCGGGGGCUGCUGCUGACCCCACAGCUGCUGGAGGUGCCUUGCUGCAGGCUGCUGCUGGGGCUGGUCCUACCCGCCCAGGAACUAGAAGGGCAAGCCCGACUCUAUGGAGCAGUCUUUCCGUGUAGCAUAGUCAGCACACAUCGAACCUGGGCAGCUCCUGGUUUUCUUAUAGGCAAAAGCGAGCAUAGGCAGAAUUGUAGGAAGCUGAUGGGCAGUGACCCAGGCACCGGGUAUUGCGUGCGGCACUGGGCGGGGCAAACUGGUUUUGGAAAAGAGCAGGGCUCUUGCCUCAGCUGUUGCGGAGGUGUGGCCUGAGGGGUCAACUUCAUACCUACAUCUUUAUUCAACUGUUUUGCAUAGAGCCAGAAACUAUUUUUAUAUUAGCAAUUUAGAGCAAAUAUUUUUAAAAAAUUUUACUUGACAUAUAAGCAAUUAGAAACAUACGGUUUUCUUCUGAGAGUAUUUUUAGAUGCAUAGCUGGAAUUCUCAGAUGAACUCUUUUUAGCUGGCACAUAGCUGGAUCACUGAACUUGGUCUGCUGUGGGUGGCCAGCCGGCCAAGGCAAGGUGGACACUGACUUCAUUCUACGAAGGUGUUCACAGGUGUUAGGUGGGCAGUAGGAGUUCUGGGGGCUCCCAAGAAUCCAGGAAGCUAAGCUAUACUCAUGAGUCCAUAAAUUGUCUCAGAUGUAAGACAAAUUUAAAUUGUGUGUAUGUUUUCACUUUUGAAAGCCACUGGGAUCAAUUUGUGGACAAGAGGUAGAAUGUAACAUCUUUGCAAAUUCUCAGGAAGAAUCCAAGCAAAUACUGGCUUAGUUAUGAAGGCUCUCAGAUCAGGCCAAAUACCAGGAAAAAGCAGCCCAACCCCAAGUCAGAAUUUCCAUAGAUCAAUAUUGAGGCUUUCUGUAUGCUACAAUUUGGGCUCUUCUUCAGGUUGAAAGUCUGCCCCUGAACAUAACUAUUUGUAAAAGAUACUAUUUUUACAUCACUAAAACAUCUGUAGAUGAAAGAUA